UACAAGAAAAUAUUUAAAACUUGCAAAGUUGGAUUUGCAAAAGUUGCGAAAGCUAUAUCAACGAGAGCUAGAGGAAUUGGAGAGAUGGUGGCAGCGAUUUGGGCUUGAUGAAGUGAAAUGUGCACGUAAGAGGGUUGUACAAUGUUACUUUGUAGUGGGGCCAAAUAUGUAUGAACCUCAUUUUUCAUCUUUUCGUCUGGCCUACACCAAGUGUGCACUCUUGACCACCAUUCUUGAUGAUCUCUUUGAUGACAAAAGCUAUGACCUUCAAGAACUUCGGCGCUUCAACGAGACUUUCAGGAGGUGGGACUCAUCUCUUAUCAAUGAUCUUCCUCAACACAAGCUACUAUUCAAAGGCAUAGAUGAUACCUAUCUGGAGAUGGCAGCAGAAGCCAACAGAGUUCAGGGACGCGACAUCCUUCCCAUAUUCAAGCAUCUGUGGGCAGAGUAUGCAGCUUGCUUUCUAAAGGAAGCAGAAUGGAUGCACAGCGAACACAUUCCGAGCUAUGAAGAAUACAUGCAAUGCGCCACUGUCUCUAUUGGAGUGAAAAUAAUAACAUGGACAUCUGCAUUCUUGCUGGGAGAGAAGAUCACAGAUGAGAUGCUCGGCCACAUUGGUCCUGACUCACGCUUCAUGGACCUCGUCGGAAUCGUAGGCCGGCUUUCCAACGAUCUUACCACCUUUCCAAGGGAGCUCAGAGAGGGAAAGUUGGCCACGGGGGUUGGCUGCUACAUGAGGGACCACCCGGAUUGCACCCAGGAGGAAGUUAUG